AACUUUUUGUUAGCCAUCGACACGGCCGACACAACGGGGCAAGACCAUCACCAUGGCACCCUCACGAGCCCCAAGUGCUCAAUUAUUACACUCAUUGAGAUCCCUCACCAUCGAAAAACCCCAUUCAGGGAUCCAAUUCCGCCGACUGACCACAUCGAGUGCGAAGCAUCAAGAUGCCGCCCAAGUCGAAAAGUCAUCCACCUCCUACUACCGCAACCCACAACCCGAAACGGUGUACGCACCCCGAUUGGAAAGGAAGCUUCUAAGAGCUGGCAUCCGACCGAUCGGAUCUCGAAGACGUCGUGCAGCAAUUGCCAACUCUCCAGGGGUUCCGUUUGAUCAACUGCCAUUCCAGUGUUUUCAGGAGGCUCGCAAGAUCUUGAUUGCCGAUCGAGAGGAAAAGUUGCAGCAGAUUGAGACUGAAAAGGCUAGGAUUGCUAGAUUGAGUGAAGUCGAUCCAAAUACUUUUCCUGGUGGUGAUGCGUACAAGCAGAGGAGGUUGAGGAGCAUGCAUACUCAACUGGAAAAAUUGAAGAUUUUGGCAGAUAUCAACGAUCCGAAUGUCAAGAAGAGAUUUGAAGAUGGAAAAGGCGACAUGAAUAAACCCAUCUACAGACAUCUCGCCCGCAAAAAAUGGGAGGCAUACCCACGAAAGGUCCUGGUGCAGAGAAUCACACAACUCAAGGUUGUGCCGGACGUCGUCCCAUCUCUCGACCCCGAUGUUGAUGUCAAAAUCUCAUUUGGCAAGCGUUCAGUACCUCCUGGAGAAUUUGUCGAUGCCGCCAUCAGCGAACGUGCACCUCAAUUGAAUCUGCAGAUGUUUGAAAAGGGAGAGAAACUCGUCACCAUCGCGGUCGUCGACCCUGACAUUCCCAACCUGGAGACCAACGCCUUUGAUUCUCGAUGUUACUACCUGGCAUUCAACAUUCCCCUCUCAGCAAGCCAACCUUUCGUGGACCUGGGCAAGCUUUCGCCAGAUUCCCAAGUUCUUCUCCCCUGGAUACCACCAUAUGCCCAGAAGGGCAGUCCAUACCACCGAUUGUCGAUCGUCGUGCUGCAACAAAAGGACAACAUCCCAGUGGAUCUUGAGGUGGCUGCCAAAAAGGCUGAACGAGACGGGUUCAGCGUUCGUAAUCUCAUGAGUCGACAUUUGUUGACUCCCAUCACUGCCUCGCUGUUCCGCGCCAUUUGGGACGAUACCACAGCUGGCGUGAUGCAGAGAGCUGGAAUCGAGGGAAGUGAUGUUGAGUUGAAGAGGAAGAAGGUGGAGCCCCUGCCUUAUAAGAGACGAAACCCGUCGACCUUUAGAUAGACGACUGAGGAGGAGGGUGUUGUCCAUCGUGUACAAAAUAACAGACCACUGUAAUUCCUUUCCAGUGUUGU